CGCUGGCGGAGAAAAACAAAAAGCAAAGUGAAAACAUGAAUUCACCAUGCAAAGACAACCCCCCCCCCCCCCCCCCCGCAAUAUCGUGCAUGUGUUUCAACCUGGAAAUCUAAUAUCCGUGGGAUGCAGGGAAUUCAGAUGGAAAUAAGGCAGCCGGAGGUAUUUUCCCAAGAAGGCUGGUAGCCGGCACCAUGGCUCGUUUCGGAGGUUGGGUAACGAUGCGAUGAGUUUUUGAGCACUUGGGCUGACACAUCAAUGGGAAAAUUCAACCUGCAAAGCUCAGAGGGAGAGGAGACAAGCAGAGAGAUGCUUUUGGCCAUCCUGGAAGAGUCUUGUGGGCUUUUCCUUGAAUUAACAGGAAAACAGAAGACAGAUCUUGUUUCUUUUCUGCAUGCAAAUGCCUGACAGUGCCCAGUUCCAGGGAAUUUUAUCAAUCUGCUUCAGUAAAAAAGCAAAUAAGAGAGGGAGAGGCUUGUAGUUACUGCAGAUCUCCUUGCUGGGAAGCAAGAGCUUUAUCAUGGUCACAGCUCUCCCCAUCCAUCCGUGCUUUACACCAUUUCCAAUUCACUGCUGAGUUAUAAAAGAAAGGCUAAAUCUUGGCCAUGCACCUCCAGGGCUGUCGUGGCGCUGGAAACCUGAACCCCCAAAGAUUUCCUCCCCUCUUCCCCCUUGGCAUGUGUUUUGUCUCAUCAAACAAACUGAAAUCGGUGCAGCGAUGGCAUGAGAUGCCAGGGUUGUGAUCCUGGAGAGCAGAGACACAGGGGUCUUGCCAUCGAAGGACUUGGGCAUUUUUUUGGAAGAGGAGAUUAUUUUACAGUCAAAUCAACCAGAAAAAAAAGUCCUUUGGUGGGAUUAGGAUGAUGAGAUCAGGUUUUAAAGCUGAAAGGCAUAAGCAGGACUCACAGGUCCCUGUUUUUCCUGGACAUUUUUGAUGCUUUUGGCUGGAUUUCCCAGUAUGCUUCCUUUGCAGAUGUGGCUGUGGGUUGUCUUGGCACUGGAAAGACUUUUUGUUCCAUUUAUGUCACAGCUUCAGGUCUGGCGACGUGUGAGGGCGUUAUGAAAUGGCCCGUGGAAUUUCCUUGAAACACUCCCAGAGAUUUCGCCGCCGCCGCCUUGAGAGGAGGCUGAGAACUGACAUGCUCAGCACACGUGCAGCCACUGCAUUGCUCGUGCUCUCCGGGCACAGCGGCUGCAGCUCUUUGGGGUGUCCCAAUGCCGGGGGACGCAGCACAGACCCAGCCAAGCACCGAAACGGAGCAGAUCCCCCCCCCCCCCCCCCCGGGAUGUUCUGGGGAUACAUAACAAAUUGGGGCAGGAGAUUUUUAUCUCCGGGUGUUUUGGGUGCACGUUGUGUUCCUGUCCCCACUGCCAUCGCGCUCCUGUCCCCAACGGCCUCCUGUCCCCAUCACCAACGCAUUCCCAUCCCUGUUGUGCUCCUGUCCUCACUGCCAUUGCGCUCCCAUCACCAUCCUGCUCCCGAUCCCAGCCCAGCCGUACGUCCCUCCGUACCAAAUGUGCAUCAUCCCGGCUGGGCACCGCUCCAUCCCAGCUGGGCGACGCUUCAUCCCGGCUGGGCAUUGCUCCAUCCGUGCAUCACAUCCUAGCCGUGCAUCGCUCCAUCCCGGCCAUGCAUCGCUCCAUCCCGGCCACGCAUUGCUCCAUCCCGGCUGUGCAUCACAUCCCGGCUGUGCAUCACAUCCCGGCCGUGCAUCGCUCCAUCCCGGCCGUGCCUUGCUCCAUCCUGGCCAUGCAUUGCUCCAUCCCGGCCGUGCAUCACAUCCUCGCCAUGCAUCGCUCCAUCCCAGCUGCGAACCGCUCCGGCCGGGCUGUAUACUGCUUUAUCCGCACUGCGCAUCUCUCCAUCCCGGCCCUGGAGCAUCACCUCUCCGCAGCGGCUCGCGUCAGGGGACAGGAGCUGGCAGCGGCCGGGGUCACGGCGCCAGCGCGAUGCAGCCGUCCCAAGGACGUGGCCAACGCGCACAUCGACGCGGGCAACAACACGCUGCUCAACACCCGCCUGCGCUACACCUGCAACCCGGGCUACAAGCGCAAAGCCGGUACCUCCAGCCUCAUCCAGUGCAUCCUCCGCGACGGUUCCACUGAGCCCGACUGGACCCACACCACGCUGCAAUGCAUCCGGGACCCGGCUCUACCUCCGCAAACCCCCAGCCCCGAGCUCCCGACCGUGCCGUGCACCGAGGGGAUGACCCAGAAGGCAGGAACCACCGACGCCAGCCUGACCUCCAACCCCUCUCCAGCAGCAACAUCUGGGCUGCCGGGAGCUGCUGGCCGGUCACCCAUGCCACCAGCGACUGAUGGGCCCUCACUGGAGAAGUCCACGCUGCCAGAGAUGCCCCCACGGCUACAGACAUCCACACCGGGAGAGGGGAUGGCCGCAGGGUCAUCUCUGGGGACAACCCCGCUGCCCACCGCCCCCAUGGACCAUGCUGCAGGUCGGGCCACCUGCCUAGGGAAAGAUAACCUUCCAACAGGGCUAGUUUCAACCGGCAAAGGCUCUUUUACUUUUUCAAUGCAUUUUUUUUUCCUUCUCUCCAAACCCCUUUUUAGUGAGGGUCCCCCCAGCAUCCCCACCUUUCCUAGCUUUGCAGCUAAAAAUCUCCAUUUCUCUCUUCUUUUUCAGUCUCCAUCCAGACCCUGGCCUCUUCCAUUGGUAAGCCGGGCAAAAAGCUUAUUUUGGCAAGCAGGGGCUUAUUUUCUUUAUUUUUUAGCUUAAAAGCCCUCCUCGGGGCUGUGGGAGGUUUAUGCCGUGGUUGAGGGCAAUGCCUCCGAGGGAGGAAGGAUGCAGCACCCAAAUUUCCUCCCAGGGUGGGGAGGGCACCUUGUGAACACGCACAAAGCAUUUUUGGCUCUUUGCGGAAUCAUUUUGCUUGAGCUGGGCCGUGCCCCGGGCCACACGUUGGAAAAUGCUCAUCAGUCACCGCAUCUCCCCUGCAGGGCUCCCGGUGCUGGUGGUCGCCGGUAUCGUGGCCUGCUGCUGCUGGAGGAUGAAAACGUAAGUGUGCCGAGCCCCACGAGGUAUUUCCACCCCGGUGAUGAGUUCUCCUUGGCCUCUGCGCUUUCCUGAAAGCCGAGGGAAAAGCCUUGGGAUGCCGGCGACGCUCCUCUCCCUUCCGCAGGCGCACGGGGCAGAGCUACGCGGUGCCGGUGACGGCCAUCCCCAUGGUGGCUCCCGCCGCUGAGAACGAUGAGAUGAUGCCGCCUGGCGUCUUCCCCACGGGCUGAGUACCCACCGCCAGGCAACUCAGUGCACCCACUAGCCCGGAGGAUGCUCGGGGCUUGGAUGGAAAGCCCAGGCGCUUCCUCGAGCGGCUGCGGCACGUGGCAGAGCAUGUCCCGGUCCCCAGCCGUCCUCCGUGCAGAGCAUCCUCACCCCGGGGACACGCAGCUGCUCUUUCCGAACUGAACAAGUGACUCCUGUGGAUGAGACGACUCCAGCACCCAAAGCCAUUCACCAGCGAACCCGCAACCGCAGCGAAGAGUGCUGGUGCCCGCCCGCCACGGUCACGGGGGUCAGCCCUCGUACGCAGCUCAGGGAUCCUUCGGAGGCACUUUCGGCACCGACCCCAGGUGCCCACCGGCUCCGGCCGCUUGCAGGGGACCACAAGCAGGAGCGAUUUCGCUAUAGGCACUAUCAAUGACUGAAGGCAAUAACACGACCUAGGAAAUAUUUUCCUUUGUGUGUUUUCCCUUCGUCCAUCAUCAGUUGUUAUCCACUCGUUUCCCCCUUGCUACAGAAUGGGCAGCUUUAUACUGGUGCCAUUUUAUGUAUAAAAGUGUAUAUAUUGUAUGUAAAAUAAUGCA